GUUUCUAGCCCCCCUUUCUACAAUCCCGGAAAAAAGUGAUACUUUUCAAGAAAAGUUGAUUUUUUCUCUUUCCUUUCGAAAAUAACUCCUCCAACAUUGAUUCAGGAGGUGAUGGGGUAUUCAAAUUUACCGGGGGAAUCUACAGAUUGCCAAAAUUGCACUUUGUCUUGACAAUGGUCUGGGAUUGCAGGAUAUAUGGCACUACACUGCGUGGGUUAUGUGACGACAAGAUUAGGGAUCAAAUUACCAGACAAUGCCUCAGUCAGACAAAGGCGGCAAGUUGAGCAAGGCUGCAAAUGUUCAAUUUCUUUCCACCUGCUUGUCUUGCUUCAAAACAAGAAGGUUGACAUCACCUGCCCUUUUUAAGCUGGGACCUUCUUUCAGCAUAAUUCCUGACUUACUCACAGAUCGACAUUUGUCUCCUGCUUCCAAACAAAGAAAAGAAAGCAAUGGAAAAGGUAAAUGAUGAGCCAAAUGCCAAGAAAGGGGUCAAAGGAAUUCUUAAAGCUAUUUUCACAGCCCCUGAAUUGCUAUUCUGCAUGUAUGUGUUUGGUUUGAUGCUCCAUUUGCCACUACUGCAUCAGUAUGUUUACAUGAGGUUCAGUCAGGAAGAGAACUUUCCAUACCACUAUUCUGCAGCACAUGGCAGCUGUGGGAAUCAUCAACUAAACAAAACAAUGAAGGCUUUGCAAGAAAAGGUCCAAGGGAAGAGUGCUCGCUUUCAGAUAGGUCAAAGUUUGUUUACCACCAUUCCAUCUUUAGUAGUGUGUCUCUAUCUGGGAGCAUGGUCAGACGUUGUGGGAAGAAAGCCAGUCGUUAUUCUGGGUACACUUGGCACCUUGCUAGAGACAAUUGUUGUCCUACUGACGAUGAUGUUGGAUCUUCCAAUCCGUGUUGUGUACAUUGGGUCUUUUUUAAAUGGCAUGGGAGGCUAUUUCACAGGUCUCAUCCUUGCAGUCAUGGCUUACAUUGCAGACACAACAUCACCAGACAAGAGAGCUCUAAGACUAGGUAUUAUGGAAUGUGUAGUUUUCGUAGGAGCAACAUUAAGCAAUUUCAUCAGUGGACAUCUUAUCAGCAAUUAUGGCUUCAAAAUACCGUAUAUUAUUGUCGUCGUUGCUGUCGGUAUAUCUUGUCUUCUCGCUAUAUUUGCGAUGCAAGAAUCACUCAAAAACAAACCAGUUAAAUCAGCCGGGUGCUUCAACAUGGCCUGUCUGAAGUACCCGCUACAAGUAUGGCGCACCCUUUCAAUGCCACGCCCUGGAAAAUGGAAGAUCGUUGUUCUUAUGCCUGCCACACUUUUCGUUAACAUGCUCUCGAUGGGCAUUAGCUCGCUGAUAACGCUGUACCUCAUGAAUUCACCUUUCUGCUUAAGCCCAAUCGAAGUUGGAUAUUUUUCCGGCACACGCUUAUUUCUCAUGGGUAUUGGUGCAGCUGUUGGCAUUAAGUUGCUUGGCCUUUUGAUGCAACCCCACUUCAUCUCACUAGUGGGAAUCAUGUCCUAUUUUGCUUUUUACACUUUGCUGGCCUUUGUAAAAGAUUCGAAGACAGUAUAUAUAGCUUGCUUGCUUGGCGCCUUGUCUGGCACAGCUAGUCCUAUUUUUCGCAGUAUACUGUCAAAGACGGUCUCUUCAAACGAGCAAGGUGUUCUGUUUUCAGCCGUCUCGUCUCUAGAGAUGUUGGCUGUUUUUCUUGGUAACUUUCUGUUCAAUGCUGUUUAUCUGGUCUUAAAUCGUCAUGGAAAACCUGGAGCCAUUUUCUUCCUGGUGGACGCUAUUUUGCUGAUACCAUUCUUCUUGGCUUUGAUCUAUAUAAGGAAAAUACGAAGCGGUGGCAAAGGCAGAGAAGAUCUUCAAGCGAUUGUGAAUGCUGAUUUACCUAGCACUGGGAAGGAGAUUGUCGAUGAUUACGGUUCUAGUACCUCGAAUCGGCAUUAAUCAUAAAUUUCAAACAAGGUACCCUGAGAACAAAAACAAAAAGUCCUUUAUCUCAAAAGAGAUGUAUCUAUAUAUAUAUGUGUAUGUAUAGGAUUAAUUUCAACGUUGUUGAUUCCUGCUAAUAAGUGCAAGCUUUUUGCCAAUCAAUUAAAGAGGGAAGGCUGAUUAUUGUUAACUUAUAUAUGAAUUUAUGCAUAAAAAAUCGUAAAUGUUUUCCCUUACUGGUCCACUUUAGAAGGAUGUGAUGCCUUUGUAUGCGCAGUACAAAAGAACAUUAUAAGGUUUUUUCUUUAUAUCAUCAUACAUAUACUAUAGCGAUUGAAGAAAUAAAACACUAGGAUGUGAGAGUUGCCCUAAUAUUUAUUGGUACAAUUGCGUAUAUGUGUUGGUUUACCUUAACUAAGUAUAGCACGUCUAUAUAAACGCAUUCGGCAUAAAAAACAGGACGAUUCUAAGUUGCUACUCCGAGUUUCACUCUAUAUAUAUAUGUUUUAUCUACUAUGUUUCUUUUAUAUAUAUAUCUUUUAUAUACUUUUAUGUUAAAACUACAUGUUUUAUCUCUACAUCUUCUGAAGAGUAUAUAUAUAGUUGCCUGAUAUAUAUAUGUAUUAUAUUAUUAUUAUAUUAUUAUCAUAAUAUUAUCAUAUUAUAAAAUAUGUAUCUAUUGGAAGUUUCAAAAUAUAAGAAAAUUUUAGGGUGAAAAUCGACUCUUUAAUACUAAGAAGAAUUAUCUUUUUCACCUUAUCAACAAAUGUACAACUAUUGUCCCUUACAGUUAGUUCUGACAACACUAGUUCCAGUGCCAAACAUUACAUACUCCAGGUUACUCAUUUUUGCUUUAUGCGUCUGUCAAUUAUUCUAGGCCAAAUAAUAUUGAUUUCUUCUCGUCUAAUUUUCCAGAAUUGGAUUUAUUUUUUACGAUUAUUUUCCCAGGUGGAAACUUCGUUAAUGAUUAAUUUCGUAAAAUAUUCUUUGCAAUACCUUACAUUCCUAGUUGAUUAAAAUCUUGAUGUUCAAUUACUGUGUAUGGUGUAAGGAACUCUGUUCUGUAAGACCACGGUUUCAGUAUUUAAUCCCCAUUGAAACGUUAUACAUAUGAUAUAUGUUUAAAGGAAA